CAUCAUAAAACUAGAGUCCUAUAAGUCACUGUACAUAAAACAAAAACACUGCGGUGUUUGAUGUUUUAUUUAUUUAUACAUCGUCGGGUUUGUAAUUUUUGUAAUUCGUAGUUACAGACAAUUGUAUAGCGAAUAUGUCUAUAGAUAUUUCUUGGUGGACAAAACCUCCCCCUAUAGUGGAGGAUACAGAAGAUGUUCUUCGGCAAUUUAUACUGGAGCCGGUCAUUCCAGUAAAUGAACCGAAGCCCCAUUUCCAUCCACGUGUACCGUGUGUAGAGGCUUUGUACGAUAUUCCCGCAGCUCCUUUAAGUACCCGAAUCGUUCCGGAACGUUGUCAGGAGACUGGCCGGAUAGUUGACUUUAUUGAAGUUCCGAUAGAGAAUGCCGGUAGCAAUGCGAAGAAUUCCAUGUCCCUACGUAGGGAACCCGGACUGCAGGACGAUUCUACUCGUGGAUCAGCUUCCUAUUUCCCUUUCUGGCCUGGUGGGUUCGAUGAACCGGAGAAAACAAUUCAAACACUGGACAUUGAGAAUUCGGUGUUUGAGAAGAACUUGAAAACCUGCCCACCGGGUUUCACUAACGGGAUGGAUUUUAGCGAUGUAGACCAAUCCAGUAAUGGUAUUGUCGAUUUGCUCUCUGCGAUUGAACAAGAAGUAGAAGGUCUAAAUUUGUGGGAUUCGACUGACAUUGGGGCAAAUGACGAUGAGCCUAAGUUCGACCAAGGUUCUUUGCAGAAAGUUUCCUUGUAUGGAAAUUUGGAUGAAUCGUUGUUGGAUGUGGAGCAAAGACCAGCUAAUGUAUUGAAAAUAGGUGAAAGUGGGUCGAAAUCAGUAAAUACAGCGGAGUGGGCUGAAAUAUUGGAUGUGUCGAAACCGGUUGCAGAUUUCCACACUAAAAUUCCUAUCAUGGCGCAUAAAUAUCCAUUCGAGUUGGACAUCUUCCAGAAACAGGCUAUCAUAAAGCUGGAGGAGCAUAACCAUGUAUUUGUGGCUGCGCACACUUCCGCCGGGAAGACAGUGGUCGCAGAAUAUGCGAUCGCAUUGUCCAAGAAACAUAUGACCAAAACCAUCUAUACGUCUCCAAUAAAGGCGCUAUCGAACCAAAAGUAUCGCGAUUUCAAAACUACAUUUGAGGAUGUCGGUUUAAUCACGGGUGACAUCCAGAUCGAUCCAACCGCUUCUUGUUUAAUCAUGACGACGGAGAUUCUACGCUCAAUGCUGUACUGUGGCAGUGACAUAACGCGCGAUUUGGAGUACGUGAUAUUCGACGAGGUGCACUAUCUGACAGAUGCCGACCGAGGCCACGUUUGGGAGGAGGUGCUCAUUCUGCUGCCGGAUCACGUGUGCAUUGUCAUGUUGAGUGCAACGGUUCCCAACACGCUGGAGUUUGCCAAUUGGGUGGGCAAAACAAAGAAGAAACAGGUCUACGUUGUCAGCACUCCGAAGAGACCGGUCCCAUUGGAACAUUAUCUGUACACUGGGUGUGGAGGCAAAACCAAAGAUGAUCUAUUUCUCGUUGUUGAUGAGAAGCAAAAUUUCCUGAUGGAUGGUUAUCGAAAGGCUAAGGAAGCGAAAUUGGCUAAAAAUACCACAAAAAAUACUGGUCGGCAGGGCCAGUUUAAUCAGAAGCAAGAGCAAACUUUGUGGGUCGGUUUGAUUCAUCACCUGGAGAAAAACAAGAAGAUGCCAGUUGUUGCGUUCACGCUCUCUCGAAACCGAUGCGAUAACAAUGCUAAUGCUCUUAUGUCGUGUGAUCUAACCACUCCUAGCGAAAAGUAUUUCAUCAACUCAUUUUUCCAACUGUGUCUGCAAAAGCUCAAACCUCCGGAUCGCAUUCUACCGCAGGUUAUCCAAGUUCAAAACUGUUUGCAACGUGGCAUUGGAAUUCAUCACAGCGGGAUUCUGCCGAUUCUGAAAGAAAUCGUAGAAAUGUUGUUUGCCCGUGGUCUCGUUAAAAUCCUCUUCGCAACGGAAACCUUUGCGAUGGGUGUCAAUAUGCCGGCCAAAACGGUCAUUUUUGAUUCGACAAAAAAGUUCGACGGUCAAACAUCACGCCUUUUGCAGCCGGCGGAGUACACACAAAUGGCAGGUCGUGCUGGACGUCGAGGCCUGGAUAAGAAUGGAACGGUUAUUAUUAUAUGCAAGGUGGACGUUCCAGCAGAACAUGACUUGAGGAAUAUGAUCCUCGGAAAACCUAUGCGGCUGGAAUCACAGUUCAGAUUGACCUAUGCAAUGAUUUUGUACUUGCUUAGAGUUGAACUCGUUACGGUGGAGAACAUGAUUCUGCACAGUUUUAGGGAAUUUGAAAAGCGCCAAAAACUACCGCAGAGCAAAACUGAGUUGAGUAAAAUGGAAGAGAAAAUAUCGAAGCUCAACGAGUUGAGUGAACACUUGAAACCGUUAUGCCAGUUCUACGAUGCGGCGAUACACUAUUUGGCGAAGUGGGACGAGUUCAUGCCUUCUGUCUUCCUGUCCCAAAAAGUUUCCAAUGAAAUGAAACCAGGUCGAGUGUUGGUAAUAACCCACAAAAUCCAUCGCAAUAAGUUGGCCAUUCUGCUUUCGGUUCUUCAGCAGGACCAUAAAUCGGCUCGCUACAAAGUACUUGUGCUGGAUCACCAGAACCCAAACGCAACCGACGUGGAAACCUUUGAGCGCGGUGAUCUUUGGCACCGGGUCCUGGCAUUGUCGGCUCAACACCACCAGUUCAUACCCGAAGGGAUCGGUGGACACUGUGUUUUACAAAUCACUCAUAACGACCUGGUAGAUGUAACGAAGCAAACCAUCAAAUGCGAUCCGGCCAGAAUAAUCCAGAAUUGGGAUAACAGACAAAUCCCCAGAUUCAAGGAUCAAUUGCCUUCACAAUCCGUUCUGGACGCCAUGGCUGCACUCACCGAACUCAACACUGCCGUACUCAAUGAAAAUAUCAAACUGGAACGCUUCAAGUACCAACUAACACUGACUCAGGUGAAGCAAAAUGAAGAAUUACAAAAGGCGAAGGAGGCUGUUGACAGAUAUUUACCGUACACGGACAUUGCUGAUUUUGUUCAUGAAUUUGCAAUUGUUUUUGACCGGAAGCAGUUGGAAGGGAAGCUGGACGAUCUUAAAUUUCAAGUUUCGUAUAAAAGUUUAUCUUUGUAUCCGGAUUACUGCAAUAAGUUGAAAGUUCUUCAAGAACUUAAAUACAUUGAUGACAUGCAGCAAGUGGCUAUGAAAGGGCGAGUGGCGUGUGAAAUGGGUCAAAACGAACUGAUGAUAACGGAGCUGGUGCUGAGAAACAUUCUCACAGAUUUACAACCAGCGGAAAUUGCUGCAUUGUUGUCCAGUUUAGUGUUCCAGGCCAAAACGGAAGUGGAUCCAAAAAUGACAGAAACUUUGAAGAAGGCAAAGCUGUUAUUCGAAGAAGUUGAAAACGAUAUUCGGUACGUAGAGAGAAUGUUCAACGUAACCGAUAUUUUGGAGAAGGAUGAGUUGAACUUUGGCUUGGUAGAAGUUGUGUACGAGUGGGCCCGGAACAAGCCGUUUGCAGAGAUAAUGGAACUGACAGACAUCAAGGAAGGCAUCAUAGUGCGUUGUAUUCAACAGCUGAAUGAAACGUUAUGCAAUGUAAAGGACGCUGCGCGUAUCAUUGGCGAUCCGGUGCUACACAGUAAAAUGGAAGAGGCAUCAAAUGCUAUCAAAAGAGAUAUUGUGUUCGCAGCAAGUUUGUACACUUCAACUACACCAAUUGCAGUUGAGUUGGCUACGGAGUAGUUUUUUCGAACGAGCAACGAUCUACAAUAGUCGUGUUGUUGGAUUUGACAGCACCUGAAUAAGUUGGCGCAAAUGGCUUUUUGCACGUUAUUUUUUUCCUUCUGAAAACCCGGGCAUAUUUGUUGUAAUUUAGUUUUGUAAUUCCGUUAAUAAACUGUUAAUUACAUCCAUUUCUCGCA